AUGGUUUUGCCUCUUGUCAAGGGAAUAACGUUCAUGUUUCUAAUAGGACUUGGGAUUAUGGGGAAUAUCUAUGUGUUUGUGAACUACAUGUGCUUGUUUAGAGGAAUGAAGAGGAAAUCUAGUCACCUCCUACUCAUCCAUUUGGCUUUUACAAAUAGCAUAACACUUAUUGCAGGAGGAAUGCCAAGAACAAUAUCCAGUUUGGGGUUGAGAGACCUCCUAGGUGACGUAGGCUGUAAGACUGUGAUUUAUCUGGAGAGGGUGGCCCGGGGCCUGUCCAUCUGCACCACCAGUCUCCUCACAGUGGUCCAGGCCAUCACCAUCAGUCCCAGAGCCUCCAGGUGGGGGAGGCUGCAGCCCAGGUCUGCAUGGCACCUGCUUCCCUUGUUAGUCUUCCUGUGGAUACUCAGUUCCUUGAUAAGCAUGAAUUUACCACUUUCCAUUAAAAAAGCCAGCAGCAUGAACAGUUCAGAAAUUAGAACAAAUGAGAACUACUGUUAUUUUCUACAGCAAAACUCAACAAUCAGAUGGAUUUUUAUUGUUCUCAUGGUCCUUCGAGACGCUGUGUUCCAGGAUGUCAUGGGCGGGGCCAGUGGAUACAUGAUCUUCCUCCUCCACAAGCACCACCAGCACAUGCUCCACCUUCAGACCUCCAAGCUGCUCUACAGAACCCCCCCUGAGGUGAGGGCUGCAAAGAGUGUCCUCCUUCUGAUGCUCUGCUUUCUCUUCUUCUAUUGGACAGAUUGUUUCAUGGCUUUAUAUGUAACUUUCUCCUUACAGAAGCGUUUCAUAGAAGUAAGUGCUCUAGAACUUGUGAACCUUGGCUAUGCAAUCCUCAGACCAUUUGUGCUGAUGCACAGGGAUGGACACCUGGUUGAAUGUUGGCCUGGUCACUAG